AUGAUUUUCGCCAACACGGCCAGCACUUUCGUGGGCGGCGGAAUGGCAGAGCGGAUGCACCUCCCCUGUUAUUUCACCUACGGAAUCCUGCAAACGGGAGUGGCCUAUCCGAUCCUGAGUCGAUGGUCCUGGAACCAGGAAGGAUGGCUCAAGGCCAUGGGCUACAGCGACGUCUCCGGCUCGGGUGUCAUCCACCUUUAUUCCGGCGCUUGCGGUUUCGUAUCCGCCUGGGUGAUUGGACCUCGUUCCGGCCGCUUCCCUUCCGCCCAAGGUGAUCCUCAAGGCUCCAGCAUCUUACCAGCUCACUCAUUACCGUUAGUCAACAUUGGCGCCAUGUUGUUGAUUUUUGGCUUCGCUGGAUUCAAUGCCGCUUCUCAGCUGACCAUCAGCCAUCCGGGAGACGGAUUCGUCGUUGCCCAGGCCACUUUCAACAGUUUUCUAGCCUGCAGUUCCGGCGGGAUAACAUCCGUCCUUUUAUCCCGAUUUCUGCCAUGGUUCGGCCAUCGCUCCUGGAAUUACGGAAAUCUGGUCAACGGAUCCCUAGCCGGAAUGGUGGCCGUUUGCGCUGGAUGCGGAUCUUUGGCUCCUUGGGCGGCGUUCGUGACCGGCUCCUUGGGCGGUUUAUCCUUCCUCUGCGGCCGAUCCAUCGUCGAUAAACUCAAGGUGGACGAUAUGCUGGACUCGUUCGCCCUCCACUACUCGGCCGGACUGGUGGGACUCAUAACGGCCCCUUUCCUCGUACCCAACGGCCUCUUGUUUAAACCGGACGUAGCCUCGUCUAAGACGCUUGGCGUCAACUUGCUGGGCGUCCUAGUCAUCACCGGAUGGGCCGUCGUGUGGUGUCUGCCGCUCUUCCUGGGCCUGAAGCAGCUGGGCGUCUUGCGGGUUCCCUUGGAGACGGAAUCACGCGGGCUGGACGUGACGGAGCACAGCGGCGAAAUUGCUUAUCAUCUCUCAGACUCGGAGGACGCGGACAUGGACACGUCCGGACGUGUUUCCAUUCCCAAGGAUUCGCUACUAGAAGCUAACCGACUGCUGCUGGAUCGGCUCGACUGCAAGGACCAGCAGCAGCUGGCCAUAAGUAUGGACGUAUAUAUGUACAGUUGUCGUUAUAAUGUCAACGGACAACAAUGGCCAAACUUGUGUGUGACGGAUGAAUAA